AACGGUCCAAACCCUGCCCUCGAAAGCGGUGGAGGCGGAGCCUGUCGCCCCCACCCGGGUACAACGUCCGUAGGUGCUCGUCCUCUGUCCCCUGGGGUUUGGUUCUGUAAGACAGAGACCCGGUGUCGCUGGUGAGGGAGCUGCCCGUCGCAGUGAGGGAUGAUGAAGGGCUCCGCGGUGUAGCGCGGCAGGGGAGCCAGCAGCCGGCUGGCGGGGAGGCCGGGACGGAGGGGGCCGAGCGUGCCAGCGCAGGGGCGCAGCGGGGCCGCGAGCCGCAGAGCCCCCACCCGGUCCGGGAAGAUCAUUGUUAAGAAGAAUACCGGAUACAAUGAUAAACCCUACGUUCGUGAAGAUGGCUCAGAUCUUAAGACCAUAUCUAAUAAGUGCUUUAUUGAUUCCUCGUGGGGUAAAAAUGCUUUCAAGUCCUGGAUCUAGGAUGAUCUCAACCCAUAAGUCCAAGAAGAAGAUCAAAGAAUAUUACAGGCUUCUGGAUCUACGUGAAGGGUGUUCUGUAGAUGACAUCAGAGAGUCUUUCCAUAAGCUUGCCAAGCUGUACCACCCAGACAGCGGCUCCAACAAUGCCAAUUCAGCAACAUUUAUAAAGAUCGAAGAAGCGUAUAGGAAUGUGCUUUCCCAUGUGAUAGCGCAAAGACAGAGUAAAGCUGAAGACACAGAAGAUGAAGAAAAAUUCAAAUACAACACGCCUCAGCACCGACAUUAUUUAAGCUUCGAAGGCGUGGGCUUUGGGACGCCAAGUCAACGAGAGAAACAGUACAGACAGUUUAGGGCAGACCGUGCGACGGAGCAGGUGAUGGAAUAUCAAAGACAGAAACUUGAGAGGGAGCACUUUGCUAACAGCUUAACUGUCAAAGAUGUAAGGCAGAGUAAAGAACUAAAGAUAACUCAAGCCAUAGAGCGCCUGGUGGAGGACCUCAUUCAGGAGUCAAUGGCAAAAGGAGACUUUGACAACCUCAGUGGGAAAGGAAAACCUCUGAAGAAGUUUUCUGGCUGCUCCUAUAUUGACCCCAUGACUCACAACCUGAACAGAAUAUUGAUAGAUAAUGGGUAUCAACCAGAGUGGAUUCUGAUGCAGAAGGAAAUCAGAGAUACCAUUGAGCAACUUCGAGAAGCACUUCUAGUAUGUAGGAAGAAGCUUGGGAACCCCUUGACACCUGGGGAACAGAGACAGUGGGACCACGUAUGCAAGCAGUUUCAAGAGAACAUCCAAAAGCUGAACAAGCGAAUUAGUGAUUUCAACUUGAUCGUCCCCAUCCUAACCAGGCAGAAGGUCCAUUUUGACGCACAGAAAGAAAUGAUCAGAGUCCAGAAAAUAUAUGAGGCCUUCCUAGAAGCAAAAGAAAUCACAGAAGAAAAUCCAACUGACAUUAGCCAGGAAGAAGAGAAAACACCCACAGUCAAGGCAGGCUUUCUAAACUGGUUGAAUCUAUAUCUGUGGAAAUUUAUUAAAAUUUGACUAUUUAGACAUUCACAAUCAUUUACUGCUCUGGUCAGUUUUGAAUUGCCCUGACACCAGAUAGAGAACCCGAGAUUGAUCGAUUGUGCCCCAGGGACUGGAGAGUUGUGUGCCUUUGUACAUUUCAGAGACCUAAUCACACCCCUGGUGACAGAUGAGAAACCUGUAAAAAAACCAAGUGGAGAGAAAAGCCAGUCAGUAUUGCUAUGAGGGUGGAUCGAGAAAAAGAUGCUCCCUGGGGAGGAGGGAGUUGAUUACGGGAAGUUAAUCCACGUCAGUUGUCAGGUGAUGGACAGGGCUGAGACUCAGAUCCAUGGUCCACACAGGGCAUGAAGCCUCAGCGAUCUUUAAAACUCUAGGAACUUAAAGGCAGUCGCUGCGGACAGUUCUAGACAUAGGUAUUUAAACAACAAACAAAAAAGAAGGGACCUGGAGAAACAGCCCAGGGGUUAAGAGUGCUCGCCUCCCCCCAAAAAAGUGCUUGCUCCUUGCUGCUAUUGCAGAGGGAUGAGAGUUCAGUUCCCAGCACCCAUGUCAGGUGGCUCCCGGCUGCCCGGGACUCCAACCGCAGGGAUCCCGUGCCCCCUUCCGGCCUCUGUUGAUACCUGUAUGCACUCGAAUGCACACACAUGCAUACACGUAAAUAAUAAAUUAAGUCUCCAGAUGACACUUAGUUUUUGCAGGUUUACUACUAUAUAUAUACAUUUUUUGGGGGUUUUUCCAGACAGGGUUUCUCUUUAUUGCUUUGGAGCCUAUCUUGGCACUCUCUUUGUAGACCAGGCCGGCCUUGAACUCACAGAGAUCUGCCUGCCUCUGCCUCCCGAGUGCUGGGAUUAAAGGCAUGCACCACCACUGCCCAGCAGCUACUGCGUAUUCUUCAAGUUCCAAACUGUUGAACGGCUUUUGGAACACCUGCUAGAUGGAGGAAAAUUGAAGGCCGGGAAAUAGCUUAUUGGGACUCUGGCACUUGGUUUUUUGUUUUGUUUUGUUUUCCACGACAUGUUUCUCUGUGUAGCCCUGACUGUCAUGGAACUUGCUCUGUAGACCAGGCUAGCCUCAAACUCACAGAGAUCCGCUGCCUCUGUCUCCCAAGCACCGCGAUUAAAGGUUUGCAUCACCAUGCCCAGCGACUCUUGCACUUAUAAAGGCCUUCCCUGUGGGCACUAGGCAAAGAAAAGGCCAAGCAAGUGCAUGGGCUAACUUAAGAUCCAUUGGCUAUGGACGUUAAUCAGUUAAGCUUGUUGAUUUAAAAGUUCUAAAAACUGGUUCCAGUGCCAAAGAGUUUGAAUUUAUUUUUGUAACUUUUAGAAGGGGCAUAAAUCCUUAGGUUCAAUGCAAAGGUAAGAAUCUACAUCCAGUUUGUUCUCUCAUCAUAAGUUGAAAGGUUAGGUUUCCAUAAACUUUCCUUAAGCACCCAAAUGUCCUGAACCAGACUCCCCAUCUUAGGGACCCAGAUCCCCAUCUUAGGGACCCUUCAGUAACGAGGUACCUGAAGUUUGUCCCUUGGCAUCUUUGGCAAGCAUGAAGAGAUUGUUGUUCCUGUCUCAUUUUGGGAAAUCUGGGGCUCUUGGGCUUGGCUAAUGGUUUUGAGAACAAAAUUGGGCACCCAAGAGGGUACCAAGGUGGGUGGAGCCAGUCCAUCUACAGAGAGCGGUGUAGACAGGGUCUCAGAAGUCCAUCUACAGAGAGCGGUGUAGACAGGGUCUCAGAAGAACAACUCCCAAUGCUGACUUGGGGCCAACAAAUUUGGAGUCCUUCUGGAAAGUUUGUGAUGACUAAAACAAAAGAAACCUACACCUCUGAAGGCCUUUCUGCCUCAGUGAUCCACCACUAGUCAGCAUAAUAGGUGAUUUUUUUUCCUUUAGUUGGAGUUAUUUGGCUUCUAAGGUGGCAGCACCAUAUAUAUUGCUAUGCAUGAAACUGUCAACAACAUGAAAUAUGGCUUUGUGAUAAGAACUAUGGUUCCAGAAUAUUCUAGGAGCCUUUUUUCUGUGAUUCUUGUUAAAAAGUGGGAAUCUGGAGUAAUCAUGAAUAAAACAUUUUCAGUAUUGUACGUGAGAAGGUGACAUUACCAGAAAACUACUAAUUUUAGCACUGCUCACUUCAUUUGCAAAUGUCUAUAUUAAUAAAGUUGUGUUAAUGAUUA